CUGUCACUUGUCAGUGGUGACCUGUUUCAUUGGAAAGUAUUUUCAUAGUUUAUACGUUAAAGUUAAUAAAGUCUGUGCUAUAUUAGCUGUUCUUGACUUUAAUGCUUUGGCAUAGCUAUUCCGGUAUUCAUAAAAUUUCAUGAACAUAUACUUUUGACUUCAAUAAAUAUUUAAUCUUAUUACCGCCACUCAAUCAAUACGGGUCCAUGCCCAUGUAUUCGUCUAUAGUUAAUUUUUCAGUGCAAAAUAUUUAGUCAUAAUGGCUUAUACAGAAAAAGUGUUACUCAAUGGCUCUGCCCUUUCCCUAUUGCUUUACGAAUGUUUAAACUCUUCUUAUAGCCAGGUAAUCAUCAGGAAGGGUUCUUGGUUGGAGAUGUCACAUCAGAAAUUACAAAUCACAUCUCAGAUUCCCACAACGACACUGCUCGAUUAGAUACUCAAAUUGCCAUAACAACUGUUCUGCCGUUGCCUACAGUAUCACUUUUUUAUCUCCCAUCUGGUUGUAUAAGGGAAGAUGUAAUGUCAGAUUUGUUGUCAAGUGAUGCAAGUGAAAUUAUUGGUUGGUACAAAUACCGCAAAAACAGUAGCAUCAAACCAACAUUACGUGACAAAUUAAUAUCAAAAGGACUGCAAAAGUAUUUUGAAAAAUAUCAUGGCAAAAAAACAUUUGUGACAUGUAAUCUAUCAAUUAAAACUUCUGCUGAGGGCUCAACUCAUAAUUUAAUAUACAAAUUUGGAAAAAUCAAUUGCUUUGAUAUGUAUGAGUAUAUAGAUGAUGUAUCUUCUAAUUUGGGUGAAAAACAAACUGGUUACAAGAAGCCAUACCGUUUAUCACCCCAUUGCAUAUUUAAUAAGAUAGUAAGUGAAAGUAAUGUCCGUAAAAACAAUUCAGAUAAUGCAAUCAUGAUGAUACAAGAGGCUGUUGACGUGAGGCUAGUGAAAGAGGCAAAGAUAGCUGCUAAGAAUGAGGCUUUAGUUAGAGAAUUGGAAGCAGAAAUAAAGACGAUGAAUGGAAUUUUUGCAGACAAGCAAGCAGCCGAUCUUGAAUUAGCUUACAAAAGAGUUUUAGAUGAAAAAACUGUAAAUAGAGAAAUUGAGAUGGUGGAUGCAUGCAUUGAUGCUCUGAAAACUCCAACAGCCGUAGACAUACUUAGUUUGCCUAACAUUAUUGUUAGUAAUGCAGAUGUUCAAAUGGACGAUGAAUCCUCUAUGCAAAUGAAUGAAGUUAAUGUAAGAGUUAAAUCUCCUGGCCCUGGUCAGUCCUCAAAUUCCACUAAACCACACACAAUGAAUUAUGCUUCUGCGGUGAAGAAAAUGAGUGAAUCUGUAUCAAUUGAUACUACAAGUAGUUUGGAUGAAGACUUAAUUAGCUUUGAUGUUGAUGAGACAUCUAAUCCUAAAUCGAUUAUAAUCAAUGACAAUGCAACAAGUUUUCAUGAAAGUUCUCCAGAGUAUUAAGUACCUUAAGUUGAUGAAAUUCAAGUUACCAUAUUUACAUUCACAAUAAUUUAUUAUUGUUUAUCUAACAUUAUUCCUAACAGUACUGUAUUGUUAAAGUACUUACUAUAUUUGUUACUAACAGUGUAAAUGUUGACAGAAGGUAGCUAUGAAAUAGCAUUGCAUUCUAGUAUGGGGUAUUUCAUAUUAUAUUAUUUACCAUAUUGACCCUUGAACUACUUAACAUAUUAUAAAUUAUGUUUCCGGACUUAUCACAUAAACCUAUUUGACACAAAUGGAAAGUAUUUAAAUUUUGGGACCUAAUAUAUAAUUUAAAUGUUAAUACAUAGUUUGCAGUGCUCUUUUAUAACUCCUUAUUAACCAUUAGCUUUAUAAGUUAAACAUUUGUUUUUACUUUAAGUAAAUUUAAUUAAUUAUUUUUGAAUAAUAUGAUGUAAGCCAAGUUAGAUAUAACUAAUUAUAUAAUAUGUAACUGUAAAUAUUUUCUAAGAUUAAUAAAAUUAAACUUCAAGUGAG